AUGAGACACAAGUUGGAUGAACUAUUUGGAAGAUUUAUUGACAUGCUUAAGAAACUUCACCUUUCUCUACCAUUUACCGAAGUUGUCACCCAAAUGCCCAACUAUGCAAAACUCCUCAAAGACAAUUUGAGAGGUAGGAGGACUUGUGAUGUUGUAGAGACGGUGAACUUGACCAAGAAUUGUAGUGCAAUUAUAAUUAACAAGAUGCCACCUAAGCAAAAAGACAUCGGAAACUUUUCCAUCCCUUGUGCCAUUUGCAAAAUUCAAAUCGAGAAUGCCUUACAUGACUUAGGUGCUAGUGUUAUCCUUAUGCCAUAUUCGGUAUACCAAAGACUUAAGCUAGGGGAACUCUUACCUUCCAACAUCACUUUGGAAUUGGCUGAUAGGUCAAUUAAGUUUCCUAAGGGUAAGGUGGGGGAUGUCCUUUUAAGGGUUAGGAAAUUUGUUAUUCUAGUGGAUUUUGUGGUUCUUGAGAUGGAUGAAGAUGAUAGCAUUCCAAUCAUUCUAAGGAGACCAUUCCUUUCUACUUCGAGUGCUAUGAUAGAUGUGAAGAGUGCUAAAAUUUCACUUAAAGUAGGGGAUGAGGUUAUAGAAUUUUACUUGAAUGAUAGUAUGAAGUAUCCAAGUUCUUCUUUAGAAGAUUGCAUGUUGAUUGAUUCUCUUGAUCAUGUUGUGUCUUCCAUGCUUGAGCAAUUGCUCACUUCUAAUGAUGCUCUUGAGAAUGUUUUGUUGAGUAAGGAAAAUAUAGGUGCUCCUAGAAAGGAGAUGGCUUUGUAUGAAGGUAUGCUCAACGGAGGCCUUGAGGAUGUUGAAGAGCAAAUGUGUUUGAGCGUUUCUAGCCAAGAAGCGUUCCAAGUGGCUACAUCAAAGGAAGGUAAAGGUGUUCCAAUGGUUGAGCUCAAACCUCUUCCAUCACACCUUAGGUAUGAAUUCUUGGGACCCAACUCCACUUUUCUCGAGGUUGUUAGCUCUUCUUUGAGUGAAAGCCAAGCUCAAGAGUUGUGUUGUGUUUUGAGAAAGCACCAAGGUUAUUUGGGUUAUAACAUUGAUGAUCUCAAAGGUAUAAGCCCUGCUUUAUGUACACAUCACAUAACCCUUGAGGAGGGUGCUCUACCUUCUAUUGAGAGGCAACGAAAUCUACAUCCCUAA